CACGGUUCGCCCAUGACUACUCAACACAUCAACAACUAUACUCCCCCAUUUUCAUCUAAGCCAUAUACCCACAACAUCUUCAUGAACUCUUCACGCUGUUGUUAUUCGAAAUGGUAAACACCCUCAAACCAAUAUUCCUCUAUUCAUUAAAUCCGCAUUACAGCAGCAAGUUCAGCCGUUUUACUUAUCUGGGUCGUCUUCAAUUUUCAUCGAAACCCGAUUUUUUCCAACAAUCUGAGUGUCUAAAAACACAAGAAGGCAAUAAACUUCUGUUCGUUGUUUCUAAAGUAUCCGAUAUUUUGUCCAAUCCCGUGGUGCAAUGGCAGAAAAGUGCAGAGCUAAAGUCAUUGAGCUCAACAUUGAGACCCAGUCACGUGGCGAAACUAAUUGAGAUCCAUGAAAAUGCUGAAGUUGUAUUGCAGUUCUUUUAUUGGGUUUCGAAGAGGCAUUUUUACAAACAUGAUAUGAACUGUUAUGUUUCCAUGUUGAAUAGACUUGUUUUUGAUAAGAAAUUUGCUCCUGCUGAUCAUGUGAGGAUCUUGAUGAUUAAAGCUUGUAGAAAUGAGGGUGAAAUGAAGUGGGUUAUUGAGUAUUUAAGUGAACUUAGAAGAAAAGGUCUUGGGUAUAGCUUGUAUAGCUUUAAUACUUUGUUGAUUCAAUUGGGUAAGUUUGAGAUGGUUGAGGUAGCUAAGAGUGUUUACCAAGAAAUCAUGAGUAGUGGAAUCGACCCGAGUUUAUUGACUUUUAACACUAUGAUAAACAUAUUGUGCAAGAAAGGGAAAGUUGAGGAUGCCAAGUUGAUAAUGAGUCAUAUUUAUCAGCACGAAUUGAGUCCCAAUGUGUUUACAUAUACAUCUCUGAUUCUGGGGCAUUGUAGGAACAGGGACUUGGAUGCAGCAUUUGUGGUGUUUGAUCAGAUGGUUCAGGAUGGAGUUGAUCUGAAUGCAGCACCUUAUACUACUCUUAUAAAUGGACUUUGCACGGAUGGGAGGGUGGAUGAGGCUAUGGACAUGCUUGACGAGAUGAUUGAGAAAGGUAUUGAACCCACUGUGUAUACGUACACAGUUCCAAUUCGUUCCUUGUGUGAUGUUGGACGUGAGAAGGAGGCUGUUGAUCUUGUAGUGAGCAUGAGAAAGAGGGGAUGUGAACCGAAUGUCUGGACAUAUACAGCUCUAAUUGGUCGACUGUCUCAAGCUGGACUCUUUGAAGUGUCAAUUGGAUUGUACCACAACAUGCUGAGAAAAGGUUUGCGCCCAACUAUGGUUACAUUCAAUAUAUUGAUAACUGAAUUAUGUGGAGCAAAAAAAAUAGAUAGAGCUUUUAAUAUUUUCCACUGGAUUGACGCACAUGGAUACAAACCCAACACUGUAACUUGCAAUGCACUGAUCCAUGGAUUAUGCUUGGUUGGGAAUAUUGAAAGGGCAAUGGUUCUAUUCAGUGAAAUGCUAAAGGUGGGUCCGGGUCCAACAGUGAUAACUUAUAAUACCCUCAUUAAUGGCUACCUUAAACGGGGCUUUCUCAACAAUGCUAUGAGACUGCUGGAUUUGAUGAAGAAUAAUGGAUGUAAAGCUGAUGAAUGGACUUAUGCAGAACUUAUUUCUGGUUUCUGCAAGUGGGGCAAGCUUGAUUCAGCUUUAGUUCUCUUCCAGGAAAUGAUAAAGCAUGGUUUAGGCCCAAACCAGGUAAACUAUACAGCUUUAAUUGAUGGUCUCUCCAAGGAAGAGAAAGUGGAUGAUGCACUUGCAUUACUUGAACGGAUGGAGGAGAGUGGUUGCAGUCCAGGCGUUGAAACUUACAAUGCCAUCAUUAAUGGUUUGUCCAAAAAGAACAGGCUUUUGGAAGCAGAGAGACUAUGUAAUAAGAUGUCAUUAAGUGGACUGCUCCCAAAUGUUAUCACCUACUCAACUUUGAUUGAUGGUCUUUGUAGGAAUGGUGGGACUCAUCUUGCAUUUAAAAUUUUCCAUGAUAUGAAGAGAAAAAAUUGCAUGCCAAACCUGUAUACUUACAGUUCACUGAUAUAUGGUUUAUGUCUUGAAGGCCAGGCUGAUAAGGCGGAGAGCUUACUCAGAGAAAUGGAGAAAAAAGGAUUAGCUCCUGAUUAUGUGACUUAUACUUCACUAAUUGAUGGGUUUGUAGCAUUAGGUAGACUAGAUCAUGCACUUUUACUUCUUCGUCAGAUGGUUGAUAAGGGUUGUCAACCAAAUUAUAGAACCUUUAGUGUGUUGUUGAAAGGAUUGCAAAAGGAGCAUCAGUUGAUUUCGCGGAAGGUUUCUGUCAAGCAUGAAACAGUGUAUAGUAGCACAGCUAGCAAGAAGGAUGUUACUAUUGAACUGUUAUGUACGCUACUAGAUAGAAUGUCAGAAAUUGGUUGUGAGCCAAAUGCAGGCACAUAUUGCACUUUAAUUCUUGGUAUGUAUAGUGAAGGUAAAACUUAUGAAGCAGAGCAGUUGAUUGAACAUAUGAGGGAGAAAGGCUUCAGUCCUACUACUGCAGCAUAUUGCUCUCUUUUAGUUUCUUAUUGCAACAAUUUAAAAGUGGAUGCCGCUUUGGAAAUAUUUGAUUCAUUGAUUCAACAAGGUUUUCAACCUCCUCUGUCAAUUUAUCAAUCACUCAUUUGCGCUCUCUGUAAAAGAAGACGACUAAAAGAAGUUGAAGAGCUAUUUGAAAACAUGCUUGGGAAACAGUGGAACAAUGAUGAGAUUGUUUGGACCAUCCUGAUUGAUGGUUUACUCAAGGAGAGAGAAUCUGAAUUGUGCAUGAAACUUCUUCAUGUCAUGGAAUCCAAGAGCUGCAAUAUUAGUUUCCAGACAUAUGUCAUAUUGGCAAGAGAAUUGUCGAAAUUAGAUGGUUAAAUGCGACGAGUCAAAUGAUUUUUUUGAGAUGCAGUUGGUCUGAAGCUCCACCAAGCAGAAAUGAGUGAGUUGAUUUCUAAUCUUACAAUUGCCUCUCAUCUAUGGUUUCUUCAACUACUCUCUCUGAAGCUCGUUCGAAGAUAAAGCUAAGCUAAGUAGAGAAAUAUCUUCUGUUUCAGAAGCAGUUUCGAAUGCGGGUAAGCUGAGUUGUCGCGGAGCUUCAUGUUGAAGGAGCUGACCUUUUACAGGUCAAAUGAACAAGAUGCGUGAGAUCGACUUUAAAACCUUUUUUUUCUUUCUUUGCUCAAGUUUUCUUAGUAGCGAGAAAUUAAGUUUAUUCUUUAGUACCUACCUCAUACUUUAGGAAUCUCUGAGACUUGGUCAUCAAGCAUAGAAAAAAAAAGAAGAUAGUUCAUUUAGAAUUCAUAGCUUUAAAGAUUAUCAAAGUCUGUUCGUCAUGUAUCCCAACAUGUUAGUAUUUUCAUAUUAACCUCUUGAUAUAAAUAAUUGGAAUAGGUGGUUGUCUUUUGCAAUCCUCGAUUCAGGGUUCACCGUUAUUCUACUGAUGGUUGAUCACCUAGACAGUGAAAAGGAAAAUGGUAUAUGAAUUUCUUCCCCACCCCUCCACACUCAUGCUUUUUAAUGAAGUGUAAGUGAAGCAUGAUAUAAGAAAAAGAUAAUCACCCUGUUUCAUGCUCAAUGUAGUGGAAAGAACUGAAGAAGAAAUGUGUUCUCCCAUGUCUAUAAAACACUAAUUAUAUUUGGUGACAUAUUCCUAAUUAUAUUUGGCGACAUAUGAUACUUUCACUGUGAAUUUAUGAACAAUGCUGAAUCUCAACCUCAUUCCCUUUCACUUUUACUAUCAACGUUUUUAGUAUCAAACUAAUCAUUUAGAAGGAAAGCGACAACAUUUUGAGAGGAAGAAAUUUCAAUUGUAGUGAUUAUUUUGGUUGCUUGAUUGAGUGUUGAAUCUCAGCAAUUUACACCACUAAUAACUCCUAAGAAGGUAGUGGAGAGAAAUGAAUCAAGCAGUAUAAGGCUUGCUUGUUCAGUAUUAAAUCCAUUUUACUGCAGAUCAUGUAGAAGAUAAAUGCUAUCAAACAUUUAAUUACAAAUAUUUAAAACCUAGAUUAGAUAGGCUGCAAUUCUUAAAAUUACAGCUGAAAUGGGAUAGCUACAUUUGUUUUACAUGGCUCAGUAAAGCUCCUUCAAAGUGUAGUCUCCAACACUUACAUUUAGCUUUUUAUUGCAGUGCGGGAAUCUUCAAAGAUUCCUUUCUUGUGUCUGUUAACCCUAUUCCACAUAAUUAUCACCCCUUAAGAGAGGCUCAAAUAAGAUGAUUUUGGAGAAAUCCAUUCCUAUUUAUCAAUCUGGUGGAGGUUGAUGCUGGGCGGAUGAAGUGAAGGAUUUCUUUGGAAUCUGGUGUGAUAAGAAGGUACCACCAAAACUUAAAGGUAGGUUCUAUUGAGUGGUGGUUAGACCUACUAUGCUGUAUUGGGUGGAGUCAUGGCCAAACAAGAAAUCUCAAAUUGCAAAGAUGAAAGUUGCGGAGAUGAGGAUCCUGGAUGGAUGUGUGGCCAUACUAGGUGGGAUAGGAUUAGAAGUGAAGAUAUCCGGACAAGGUGAGAGUGACCUUAGUGGAGGACAAGAUGCGGGAAGCAAAGCUAAGAUGGUUCGAGCAUGUGUUGAGGAGAUGCGCAUGGAUGCGCCGUGUGAAGGUGUGAGAGGUUGUCUGUGGAUGGUUUUAGAUGAGGUAGAGAUAGGCCGAAAAAGUAGUGGCAAGAGUUGAUUAGAUAGGACAUGACGCAGUUUCAACUUACCUAGGACAUUACCCUAGGUAGGAGGUUGUGGAGGAUACAAAUUAGGGUGGAAGGUUAGUAGGUAUUAGAGCAUUGUCUUGCUUUUCUUUCCAUACUAGUCAACGAGUUUCUUGUCCUUCUAUGUCUGUCAUUACCUGUUGGUUUAUUGCACUUCGACAUUGUAUUAUUUUGUUGUAGUUAUGCUUCUCUUUUUAAAAAAUAAAAUAAAAUAAUUCAGAACGCUUUGACAUGUUCUCUAUAAUGUUUUCUUAUCUUGUUCAUUCCUAUUAGUUCUUUCUUCGACCUGCUUUGAUUUUUUUUCCUUGAGCUGAUAGCCUUUCGGAAACAACCUUUGUAACCCCCAAGGUAGGGUUAAGUCUGCAUAUCCUAGACCUGCUUGUAUGAUUAUACCGUGUAUGUUUUUGUUGGGGUUGUGAGGAAGAUCAAUCUAUUUUGAACCUUCACUAGAUUGAAGUGUGAAAAGUUGGAAAUUUAACUGUGUAAAACCGUAGAUGAUAGAGCGUUCUAGAUUGAAUCAUUUUCCUUUAAUAUGCAGAUGGUUAUGUGUUGGUUUAAUGGUUUGGGUUGAAAUGAUUCCAAAAGUAGAAGAAGCGAUUCUACUAGUUCGUGGAGCAGCCUACUUGGACGCUCCGCCGCCUUUCCUUCUUCUUAGUUGUUGUACAAUAGUGUGUUUUGAAUCUAUUGUACAUCAAUUGAAGUAUGAUGUUUGACUCAAAGCCUAUUAAAACCAUUAAAAAAUAAUCCAUCAACUCCUAUGUAUACAAGAUAUCUGGUAUUAAAUUAAAAUACCCAUCUAAAAAUCACCUUUUUGCAGGCUUGAAGAAGUGAGCUUGGAAUUUCACAUAUGAAAAGUAAGUUACAAUCAAGUGGAUGUUGGAAAAGUUUGGAAACACUGGCAGGGAUGAAAUUUGAUAGUUCAGAUUUCAGAAAAACUACUUCCAGUUUUGAACCAAUAUGUCGAAACUUGAGAUAUUGCUAGUUCGAACUUCAGAUAUACAUGAUUGAAGUUUGGUCUUGACAAGCCACACUUUCGAUGCAUGUAUCGGAAACCACGAGCAAUAUGCCUAACUUUAGACAACAUUUGGAACUUCAGACAUGAAUUUUUGCAACUCCACUCUUAAGUGGCUAAACUUCCCAAAAUUAUGAACUUAGGUAGUGGCUUCAAUGGGGAUCUCAAAAUAAGCUAUCCAUCCAGUUGCACCUGAAAAGUUGGAGUGGCAACUUUGGCAACCGAGGUUAAGGUUUGUACUUUGUAUUGCAGCUGGGAAUGAAUUCUUCCCAUCUGCUGCCUUGGUGGUCAAAGUUAAAAUUAUCUUGUAUCUGACUUGUGGGGUGUAGUAGGUUCCUAGUGAAUUAGUUGAUGUACGCACAAGCUGACAGGAGGCCAUCUUUAUUAAAAAAUAAAUAGCAAAGUUACUUUGGGUUUGUGGAUCAAAUGUUUUUCAAGGUAAAGACAAAAGCAAAAGAUCUCUUCUGAAACUUCUAGCUUUGACAUUGAAGAAGUGCUAAGAAAUUGCUUUUCUUUGAUUAAAUUUUUGUGUGUUAAGGGAGAAAAUAAUGAUUUCAAUAUUUAUUUAUUCCUUCCUUUCUAAAUCUUUUGGUUUGUAUAAGGGGGGUGGGGGUGGAGGCCAAAGCUUCAGAAUGGAUUCUAAUGAAUUUCUCUGUCUCACUUGUGGAUGUGGUAGUUCAUAUUGGAGCAAUAGAUGAAUAGCAUUGACCAAGAGAAGCAGAUGGUGGAAGUGGCCACGCUAUCACUUGAGUAACUGACCUAUGCACCCUCUGUUCCUUUUUAUUUGUCCAUUUUAACAAAUCAAGAGAGAUUAUUACUUUCUUUCAAUAUUACCCUUAUCAUUAAGGAGUUACAUAAAGUACCUGUAAUCAAACUUAGAUUUCCAAAGCAUAAUUAAUAAGGAUAAUUUAGUAAAAACAAAGCCUCUGAUAAAAUUUAUGUUAUGUAAUCUGCUUCUGUGCUUUACUAUGUGUUUGUGUGGUAUCUCGUGCCUUGAGCCGGGGGUUUAUCGGAAACAGCCUUUCUACUUCUUUAGAGGUAGAGGUAUGGACUGCGUACAUCUUACCCCCCAGACCCCACUAGGUGGGAAUACACUGGGUUUGUUGUUGUUGUUGUUGUUGUUGUUAAAGCCUCUAAUAAAUAGUUUCUUUAAGGGAGUGUCGAGUCAACAAGGGACAAGUAAAACGGAACGGAGGGAGUAGUUUGUAAGGAAGAGUGGAGUGGAUCUUAGUAUGAAAACUUGUUACCUCUAUAUUUUAUGUCUAUAUAAGGGAAGACGUCUGUUUCUGGGAGUUUUAAAAUGCUUUGUGCAUUUGUCAUAAAUGUAGCUAAGAUCGGUAUAGUUAGUUUAUGCAAUUAAUUUUCUCUAGCUCUCCAUUAGAGUCCUAACUUAACUGUAAAGUGCUAUAACAUGAACCAAGGGGGGUAUUUUAGAAUUUUUAGUUGGUGACUUGUUGGAAGUGUACUAUGCUAGAUGCAUGUGUUUUGGAAUUGUAAAAAAAGUGAGACCUAUGAGUUCUUCUAUGACAUGGUAUAAAUAGUUAUUUGCUGUUGGAAAGUGUUCUGGAACACAUUUUUCCUAUCGGAAACAACCUCUCUACCCCACAUAAGGUAGGGGUAAGGUCUGCAUACACCCCAGCCUCUCUAUAUCCCACUGGUGGGAUUGGAAUUACACCGGGUAUGUUGUUGUUUUGCCAUUGGAAAGUGAACAUUGGUCAUUGGGUCUACUCAUCUUAAACUGUAAACAUAACAUUCAACUCGAAAUGUAAAGAAUAACUGUAUAAUUGUGACACUCCAUUCUGGUAAAACUAAAUAAAAUUUAAAAACUCCGGUAGUAAAAAGGAGGUUUUAUGUACUCUUUUUUAGUAUUCGUCAAGUUUUCCAAGUAGCUUAUUAGCUAUUCCUGACAUGAAAUGGUAUGGAACGUUUAGUGAAGUGAGUUUGUGGAACCAUUGUACGUCUUUCUCGACUUUGUCUUAAUUUUUGUGAAUCUGAGUCCGUGGAAUAUUUUCUAGUGUUUUCUAAAGCGAAAAAUGCAAAAGAGCUACAAGGUUUAUGAGGCUUGAAGUGGUAGGCAAGAAGCAAUGUGAAGUGCACAAUUUACGGAAAAUUAAAAAGUACGAAACAUGUAUGUGUUGCCAUUGAAAUAAUCAAUUUCAGCUUCUAAUGUACAAUGAUGCCAACUUAGUCAAAAUCUUCAAAGUUGAGAUUCAAAGAACUGACUGCUACUCAUUUUGAUUUCCGUGUUGCAUGUUCUCUGAAGUGUAUGGCGUCACGUAAAACAUAAUCCUUUUCUUUUAAGUGAUGAAACACUGGCCUUUAACAACACUGCUAUUUUUAUUUCUCUCUAAUCUCUUUGUUAUUUUUCUUUGUUCUUCCAGUAGUUCUCACACACACUUUUCAGUUUUCAUCCCUAUUUUCCAUCUCUUGGCCUGCAAUCUAGGCAGUCAUUAGUCAUUAGCUAUUUAAUGUUGCAUUUGUUUAUCAUCUCUAAGAAGGAAAAAAGCAUAUGGUCCUUUGGCACCAUUGUGGAUAUUGUAAAUUGUUUUAUAACUUCACACUUACAACUCCGAGCAACUAAACUUGUUAUUGUUUGCAUUAAAGGGGUCUCAACUAGUUGAAAAGCCAAAAUCAGGGUGGGUUGCCUGACACACUUCUACAGACAGAAGCUUGGCUCAGUAUGGGAUGAACCAAGCCUAAAAUCAAAUCGCAGAGUUUUAUUUUUUUUCAAACUUCUACCAGCCUAAAAAUGAAGUCAGAAUCAAGUUGACCCUAACGGGCACAUUCCUUCUGUUUGUUACCACAAGAAAAGGAGGGACAUCUUUAUUUACCUUUUCUUUGUAAUAUGGGAGAAAAUUAGGAAGUAUGAGCCUAAAACUAAUUUUCUUGUGGAAAUCUAGAAAUUCUAAGAAAAUCAAGUUUUAUUGAUGUAAAAGUGAAGCCCCCAUAUAUAUAGAAGUGGUAUCGAAAAGUAGAGUACAAUAACAAAAACGUAACCAGUGUGCACACUCUCUUCUUCUCUGAAGCCUUUUGUUCUACUUAUCUUGUUUUUCGAUUUUUCAUUUCUAUCCUGGUGCUUCAAUGCUCCUCCUACUUUGAUUUCCUUAGCUGUAUAGACAUGAAUUUUUGAUGAGAAGAAAGUGAUAUUUUUGGUAGUUGGAAUGUGAAGGGGAAAGAGAUGUAAGUUGUUGUCUAUGGGAAAUGAUUAACAUCCACUGUACAUUGUCUUACCUGUCUAUGCAAUUCUGUAUAUGUUUUGCCCAAUUAAACUGGAACCUAGCAUGGAUUAAGGAAAUAAACUAGGUAACUUUUUACAUAUAGACAUCUAGGGACCUCUUGAUAUUCUUAAGGAUGCCCCCCUGUGCUUUUCACUGGUCCAAAAACUUGUACUGUGCUCAUGAAAAUGGGGAAGGGAGAAAGAGUUGUGAAGGUAAAAAUGAAAUGAAUGAGUGCUUCAAUUUGCGCUGUCGAUUUGUACAUGUGAGGGCUAGGUCCCUUUCUGUCCUCAUCCUUUUUUGCUUUAAUGUAGAACUUUUGGUGUUCCGAUGAAAAUUAAUCUGUUUUCAACUUUCUUCUUUUUGCUCUCUUGCAGGACCAUUUCGAUAGUUGUCAAUUCUCACCUGCUGAUGGCAUUUUACAUUUUCAGCAAAGUAGGAAUAAAACCUGAAGGUAUUGAGUAGAGCAGUCGUAUUGAUUUUUUAUCACAUACACCCUAGCCAAAAGGUUUCAUUUAUUCGUCUGUUUUUUUCUUCUCAAACACAAGAUUCAUUUAAUUAAAGUAGAGUGUAAUCCCAUUUUUGGAAUUAGCAUGUAGGUGUAACAAAGCAGUUUAUGUACAUAGCUCUUACUUCUGAGUUGAAUGCUUCAGAAAUCUUUGGCAAUUGAUGAUGAUUUACUUUGCAUCAUUGUAUUCAUGUUUCAUUGUUGAGCAGGAUGUUGUAGUACUUGAUUCAGUAAUAAUUGCAGCUGCUUAUGAUCAUCAGUCUCGGUUACAUUCAAUCUACUCAUUCAGCAUUCAAGAGAAGCAAGUAUUUGAGAAUAGUGUAAAGAGAGUGCGCCGAGUGUCUUUUGAAAACAACCUCUUUACCUUCACAAGGUAGCGAUAAGGUAUGCGUACACACCUCCCUCCCGAGACCCCAGUUGUAGGAUUACAUUACACUGAUGUAAACAGAAUGAGCCAAAAAAUGAGAAAGUGGAGCUCAUGUUACUUUCUUAAAUAGUACCAAUAGAAUGGGUCUCUAAAAGAGAUCCAAAUCAUGCAUCCCAAUCUUGUCUUAUAUAAUUGCCAUGACAGAUGAUGAAUAUAAUGUCUAUACUGAAUGAGAUUUUCGUGAA